AUGAUAUCCAAUCAAAAUACAAUAAAUAAUAUUGAUAAUAAUAAAAAGUGUACACUUCACCCAAACAAAGAUAUAGUAUUCUUUUGUUUGGAUUGUAAAUUAAUACCAUGUUGUAUUCAAUGUACAUCAAGUAAAGGUGAACACCAUGGUCAUAGAACUGAUACAUUAGAAUCAACAUCAAAUAUUCUUUCAUUAAUGAAUAAUUUUAAAAAUGAUGUAUAUCAAAAAGUAGUUGAAAGAAUAGAAAAUAAUAAAACAAUAUUAAAACAAUCAAAUGAUAAAUACAAUGAUAUUCAAUCACAAUUUGAUAUUAAUAAUAGUUUAUUAAAAAGAGAAAUUAGAAAAAUUCAUGAUAUCAUUUCAUUCAUAGAAUUAGAUAUUAAAAAACAAUUAGAAACAACCUAUGAAAAUAAUACAUUAAUAAAUACAAUUAUAACUUCUUCAACCAAUAAUGAUAAUGAAAUACUUUCAAAAAUAAUUAAUAAUAAAAAUAAAAAUAAAAAUGAAAAUGAAAAUGAAAAUGAAAAUGAAAAUGAAAAUGAAAAUGAAAAUAAUAUUACAAUCAUUGAAAAAUUAAAUCAAAUUUUAACUAUUAAUGAUCCACAACUUUAUGAUGUUGGAGAUGAUUUUGUUAUUGAUAGAGAUACUAUUAAAAUUAUUAAACAAUAUCAACAAUCAUUAAUAGUAUUGAAUAAUAAUAAUAGUAAUAUUGAUAAUUCAAAUAAAUUAAAUGAAUACGAUAAUCAAAUCAUUCAUUUCCAUUAUCAAAUAAUUGAUGAUAUUAAAAAUAAAUUAAAAUCAAUUUAUACAUUAAAUAAUUGUACAUUUAAAAUUGAAAUCGAUGAAAAUAAUAAUAGAUUUUUUAAAUGUAUAUUACCAGAUGGUGUUGAAUCGUUGUAUUUAGGUGAUAUUAAACAUCAAUUAAUAAUUUGUUCAAUUCCUAAUACUGUAACUUAUGUCUCUUUAAAAGAUGGAUUCAAUCAAAAAUUAAUAACAGGUAUAUUGCCAGAUGGUAUUGAAUGGUUGGGUUUAGGUGACAUAAAACAAGAAUUAAUAAUUGGUUCAAUUCCUAAUACUGUAAAGAGUGUCUCUUUAAAAGAUGGAUUCAAUCAAAUAUUAUCACCAGGUAUAUUACCAGAUGGUGUUGAAUCGUUGGGUUUAGGUGAUAUAAAACAUGAAUUAAUUAUUGGUUCAAUUCCCAGUACUGUAAAGGAAGUAUAUGUUUCCAAUGGCUUUAAACAUCAAAUUGAACCUUAUUUUUCAGAAAAUGUAAACAUAAUUAAAUAG